AAUGUGAGAUGGCCUCAGAACUAAAGCCGUAACAGACACAAACACUUGGUAGAAGGUGACUUAUGUCUAAGUAGAAAUUGGUACACAUUUUGUAGAAUACAAACCAGUUUCUGGACAAUUUUAAUCUAAAGCUAGUUUCAAACUAGCCCAGUUUUAUUUAGGUCUCUGGAUCUUCUGAUGUUCUUCAGCUGCUGGCACGACUCCCUUCCAGUAUGUGGGCGUGUGAAUUCACUUUGGCUUUAAUCGACUUUGUUUGACAUUCCCAUGUAGAGCAGUAGCUCUGAUACAGAAGUUUAAUGAGAGGCCCUGCGACUCAGACAAACUUGACUGUAGUCUUGCACAGAAAACUACAAUGUCUCUCCAGUGGACAGCUGUGGCGUUCUUCCUCUACGCUGAAAUAGUUGUCAACCUCAUCCUGUGUAUUCCUUUUAUAUCUGCACACAGAUGGCGUGUGGUUUUCAGAUGGAGAAUAUGGGGCUGGCUCUCUUCAUAUUGGAACAAAGCCUUCUUUGCCAUGAUCACAGUACUGGUUGUUCUCUUUAUUGAUGCUGUCCGCGAGGUGCAGAAAUAUUCAGCUCCACAGUCUACACAGGAUGCUACAGUGAACCCAAACUUGUAUGACAACGUUCACAUGAAGUUGUUCAGGGCCCAGAGGAACCUCUACAUCAGUGGCUUUUCCCUCUUCCUGUGGCUCACUAUGUGCAGGGUUGUGACCCUGCUAAACAAAACUGCCAUCACUCUAGAAAACAGCGCGGAGCUUCAGGCGCAGGUCGAUGCAGCUUUGAAAGAGGCCAAACAGCAUCAGGAAAAGGAGCAAAUGUUCAAAAAAGUAAUCUCGGAAGGAGAAAAAUCCAUGGCGGCAACAAAAGAGCAACUCAAGCUGGAGCUGGAAAAGCUGAGCAGCCAACUGAAAGCUGCUGAGGAGGAUAGACGGAAGUCAAACGCUGAAGUUGAAGCCAUGAAGAGGCAGGCCAAAGGUUUGGCCCUGGAGUACGACAGACUCUUAAGAGAACAUCAUCAGCUUCAGAAUCAAAGACCCGAAGAUAAAAAGGAUCAAUGAAUCAGAAAACUCUAUGCUCCUGUCUGAAGACUAUGAAAAGAUACUUUAAGUUUGUCACAGUAGUUCAUGAAGCAACAGCAGCCCUUAGCUUUUAAAGUCCAACUCCGAUCAUCUUUUGAUCUAUUGGAAAAGCAUUUCCGAUGGGCUUUUCAUUACGAUUAUGCAGCUUUUAGCCAAAAUCCAAAAACCUGUGUCGUUUUCCAGGACAAAGGUUCUGCAAAGCUGCAGACUUUCAGCAGCAGUGGCAGCUGUGGGCAGGAACGCUGCUCCUGUCUGCAACUGCGCCCCCUUCACUCCCCGUUACUGAGAGCUCUCUGUUUACACACUCUUCCAGUACCUUACAGCCCCUCACACCCCCAACCUAACAUUAGCGGGGCAAAUAUUGGAGCUCUCAAGACAUUCAGUUUUGAGCCAAACGCCAGCUCAGAUGAAAAAAAUAAAAAGAUAUGCUAUUUCAGGGCUGGCCAAUCCUGAUCCUCAGGAGCCUCAACCCUGCCUUCUCCCUUUUUUCUCUCAUAAUAAAUCAUCUCUAUUACAAAGUCAUUUUUUCAUCUGCUUCUCAUUUACAAAAUUUUGAAUAAAUGUUUAAAAGUGCACAUUUUAAGCUUAAUUGUCUUUAAAUAUGUCCUCCAUCAUCAAAAAUGCCAACAGGUGUUAAAACACAUAAAACACGAUUACUGUCAGGGUGGGCUUUUAUGUUGGGAUGAGGGCAAAAUUUCAUAGAAUUUAUGAUGGCAGAAAUUGUAGACAGUGAGACCAUAUUAAAGUUUAAAAUCUUAGAAUUGCUUACCUUUUCAAAACCAACUAAUUAUCACUUAUAAAUUCCAACAAUUGUCAUUUUCAAAGAUUGAGAUUAUAAAACUUUUUUCACUCAUUUGAAUAACCAACCUGUCUUUAUUAUUUGUUUGUGGCAAAUAUUUUAGUAUAUUAAAUGAUGAAAAUCUAGAGAUGGUAAAUAAACUUAUCAAAAAAUUCUUCAGUCAGGUAAAUGAAACACAGUUGUUUGAAUGUCAUGAAUGACAUCAAUUUUUCACCUUGAUGAGGCAACACAGCAGCUGUGAAAAAGUACAAAAACUUUUUAUAAAUGCUCAGGACAACUAAUAUGGUUCUAUGUUGAAAUACGAUGAAUGCUUAAUAAAUGAUUGUCACAAAAAUAUCA